UGGCAACACACUGCACCAGCUCCAUUAAAAUGAACCCCGACGCAGCGGCAUCCCACGAAGAGAUAUGGGACGACUCGGCGCUGGUGGAAUCCUGGAACCAGGCAUUGGAAGAGUACAAGAGGUAUCACAGCGUCCAUGCCAAAGGAGGGACAGUCGACGGCAUCCUACACGAGCCAGAAGCGAUAACUCGGUCCAAUGCCAAGCCUGAAACAAGCGCGGAGGUGGAAGCAGCAGCAGAGGAAGCGGAGGUAGAUGAGACGAUACCCAUGGACGAGAGCAACGAAACAUCGCACCCGGCAAUCUCGGAUGUCCAAGGCUCCGGUUUGGCGGACAAGACAAACGAGGUGCUGGCCGGGCAGGCUUCCGGAAUGGGACCACAGACGCUGUUGGGGACUGUUCACGACGAGGAGCUCAAGAAGCUCCUGAUGUCGUGGUAUUAUGCAGGUUACUACACGGGUCUCUACGAGGGAAAACAACAAGGACUGCAACAAGCAAAGGAAGCUCAGAGGGACCCUUGAUAACACAUGGGAAGUCCAUGUUAGUAAGGCUUGCCAUCGGUACUUGAGAAAUCAUCUGGGUAUGUCGGGCUUUCAACCCGUAUAUGAAAGGAUUAUCCUCCUGGCCAAAUUGAACGAACAAAGCCCAUCAUCAGCGCAUUGACUCUUCAAAGAACAGAGGUGAACAAAAAAGGAAUCCAGCGGUCCUGGAAGGACCCCAGGUGUCAAUACGGAUAACUGCGUAGGAUCGGUGUAAUUAUGGGGGAAAUCCUGUUCUAGGGUCUCCAGCUCUCGUCACAAAACCCUGAUCGCCGUCAACC